AUGAACUCCGCAUUCUGGCUGUCCCUGCCUUUGAUCGUUUCGUGGAUCGCACCUCGAGUUUACUCGUCAUGGUGGUACAUGGGUGCCCUUGGAACUCGGGUAAUUUGUGACAAUAUCCCAGGUUUGGUGAGCAGACAGCGACAGCUUUGUCAUAAGCACCCCGAUACAAUGCAGUCAAUUGGAGAUGGAGCCAAAGAGUGGAUCGCAGAAUGUCAACAUCAAUUCCGCCAUCACCGCUGGAACUGUAAUACGUUGGACCGAGACCACACACUAUUUGGUAGAGUCAUGCUCAGAAGUAGCAGAGAAGCUGCCUUUGUUUAUGCCAUCUCUUCUGCCGGAGUUGUAUUUGCCAUAACAAGAGCCUGUAGUCAGGGGGAGCUCAGCUCCUGUUCUUGUGAUCCCCAAAAGAAAGGUAUCUCCAAGGACAGCAAGGGAACUUUUGACUGGGGCGGAUGCAGUGAUAACAUUGACUAUGGAAUUAGUUUUGCUAAAGCAUUUGUGGAUGCAAAGGAGAAGAAAGGAAAGGAUGCCAGGGCACUGAUGAACCUGCAUAAUAACCGAGCCGGUAGAAAGGCUGUAAAACGUUUCCUGAAGCUUGAGUGUAAAUGCCACGGAGUUAGCGGAUCAUGUACUUUGCGAACCUGCUGGCUUGCCAUGGCAGACUUUCAAAAAACUGGCAGCUACCUGCGGAGAAAGUACAAUGGAGCUAUUCAGGUGAUCAUGAACCAAGAUGGGACGGGAUUUACUGUAGCAGACAAGAACUUUAAAAAACCAACAAAGAAUGACCUGGUGUAUUUUGAAAGCUCUCCAGAUUAUUGCGUAAUGGACAGGGAAGCAGGUUCACUGGGUACCGCGGGCAGAGUGUGCAACAGGACCUCUCGAGGGAUGGACGGUUGUGAAGUGAUGUGCUGCGGACGAGGCUAUGACACAUCCCGCAUCAUGCGAGUGACAAAGUGUGAAUGCAAAUUUCACUGGUGCUGUGUAGUCCGCUGUAAGGAAUGCCACGAAAUGACAGACGUGCACACAUGCAAAGCUCCUAAGAAUGCUGAUUGGCUGGAUCAGAUAUGA